UUUAUUUUCUAAGUCUGUGAGUCUGUUUCUGGUUUGUAAAUAGGUUCAUUUGUAUUGUAUUUUAGAUUUCACAUAGAAGUGGUAUCAUGUCUUUCUCUAACAGAAGGAAGUAGAAUUUGAGCUAAAUCUUGAAAGAUGAAUACCAUUCUAAGGUGAAGGUGGGUGGAAGAACAUUACAAGAACACUGGACAAUGAAUGAUAAAAUGGAGGUAGGAGAGCAGAGCUGUUAGGAGCAGGUUAGUGUGGCUGAAGUACAGGGCAUGUACCAGGAAGCAGUGAAAUGUGGGCUGCAGAGGGAGUCCAGACCAGGGGAAAAGGACUGGCAUUUAACAUAUUGGUAAUGGGAACCAAAAAUGUUUUUGAGCAACUACUAAACCAUGUGAAUUAGUAAAAUAGGGGAGAUAUCAAUAAAUUUGGCAACAUUAUCAUGCAUGAGAUAGCAUAAUGUCAAUGAAAUGACUGGCAAGAUCCUUUAAAAUGCCCAGGCACCAACUGAGGUCAUGUGUGAUUGGAAAAGAGCUUAUGAAUUCAGGAGUUUUAUGGAAAAACUAAUUGUUUUAGGGAAACCAGGUUUCGAUUUGGGCAUAUUGGAGGAUAGCAGUAAUUGUGAACACACAAAAGGACGACAGGGAGAGGGAAACGCAGUAUUCGAGAAGCUGGAUUGAAUGCAUAUGGAACAUUCAGGUGGAAAUGUGCUAUAUGCCAUUCAAAAGAAAAUAAGAGAAGCAGCUCCGGAGAGAGGUGGAGUGGGGGAUGAGUCACCUACAUUGAAGUGAGUCAGUGAGUUCGCUCUGUCAUAAGCAUAAUAUAUGAACUCAAUAACAGGUUCUAAAUAUGUAGCAAAUAUAACAAGGAAGACAGAUCUUAGACUCACCUUGGAAAAUAAAACAAAAAACGCUGAGAUUAUUGGUAUUUAUAGCUCAUGUUUGUUUUACCAGCUGUUAAAUUCCCCAAACCCAAUACUUAUCCCAGACUGACCUCCUAACUGGCAGGAAGAAUUUGUCAAAGGACACAUUCUUUCAUAGAAAUCUGAGUCGCCAGAUCUUUCUAGUUUAGAACAGGAGAAAUACAGGAACUACACGACUAAGUAGAUUGUCAAUGUGCCUUGUGCUCAGUGGUGUCCGACUCUUUGUGACCCCAUGGGCUGUAACCUGCCAGGCUCCUCUCUCGAUCGGAUUUUCCAGGCAAGAAUACUGGAGUUGGUCACCAUUUCCUUCUCCAAGGGAUCUUCCCCACCUAGGGAUCAAACCCGCGUCUCCUCUGCCUUCUGCGUUGCAGGCGGAUUCCUUACCCGCUGAGCCAUCCGGGAAGCCCAAGCAGAUUAAAGCACAUCUUUUUGAAGGUGAGGGGGGCCACAUAGCCCUGAACCACAAUUCAGUUAUAGAUACUGAUGAUCGCUAAACGAAUUCAACUACUAAAACCACGGAAACGUUCCCAAAGACGGGUUUCUGUGCCAGGGCAGAGGCCGCAAGCAAGGGAAAGGUUAAAGAGAAGAACGCGAGUCUCUGGAGACAGACCAGCGACGCGGAUUGCGUAGGUCCCAGUUGGAAGCUGGCUGUCGUCAUGUGGCAUACCCGCGGCAUUGCUCAUCGCCGGCGGCCACCUCCGUCAAUUCCAAGGCUGGGCCGCCAGCAGGCAGUGGAAGGGUCACGAGAAAGGAAGCAUGUGCGCAGAAAAGCCAGUUGAGAGGAGCUGGGAGGCGGCUCCACGGGGCCGACUACAUGUCCCAUAAUUCAGCACAGCAACGAAGACCGGCUCCCCGGGCGCCGCUGGAAGACUUGCGGCAUGGGAUCUGUGGUGAGCGUCCUUCGCCCGCCCGAAGUCGGCCUUUGGUGGGGAGAUAUAUGGGGAUUGGCUAGUGAGAGUUCGAGUCCCGCCCACGGAUGGUGACGACAAGCGGCGGUCCUGCUACUUAAGGCGUCGUGGCCUCGACCGCCCCGCCUUAGCUCCCGCGCUAGAGAGAAACAUGUAUCGUUUCCGAUCACAGCUCUUCACGGGGAUUUCAGCUGCCGCCAUCGCCCACUCUUACCCGCGCCGCUUCUCGCCUCUGUUGUUAGCCGAAGACUCGCCUCUCAGCCGCCCGUCGCACAGACGCACGAGUAAAAAGUGCAGCUCCAUCGGCUGAUCCUCGCUAAGCUAGAGUUUAGGCGGCACCGGGCGUCCCACGAUGCCGAAGAAUAAGAAGCGGAACACUGCCCACCGCGGUGGCAGUGGUGGCGGCGGCUCAGGGGCAGCUGCAGCGACGGCGGCGACAGCAGGUGGCCAGCAUCGAAAUGUUCAACCUUUCAGUGAUGAGGAUGCAUCGAUUGAAACAAUGAGCCACUGCAGUGGUUACAGCGAUCCUUCCAGUUUUGCUGAGGAUGGGCCAGAAGUCCUUGAUGAGGAAGGAACUCAAGAAGACUUAGAGUAUAAGUUGAAGGGAUUCAUUGACCUGACCCUGGAUAAGAGUGCGAAAACAAGGCAGGCAGCCCUUGAAGGUAUUAAAAAUGCAUUGGCUUCAAAGAUGCUUUAUGAAUUUAUUCUGGAAAGAAGAAUGACUUUAACUGAUAGCAUUGAGCGCUGCCUGAAAAAAGGUAAAGGUGAUGAGCAGCGUGCAGCUGCAGCAUUAGCGUCUGUUCUUUGUAUUCAGUUGGGCCCUGGAAUUGAAAGUGAAGAGGUUUUAAAGACUCUUGGACCAAUCCUGAAGAAAAUAAUUUGUGAUGGAACAGCUAGUAUCCAGGCCAGGCAAACUUGUGCAACUUGCUUUGGUGUUUGCUGUUUUAUUGCCACAGAUGACAUUACUGAGCUGUAUUCAACUCUGCAGUGUUUGGAAAAUAUCUUCACCAAGUCCUAUCUCAAAGAGAAAGACACUAAUGUUAUCUGUAGCACCCCUAAUACAGCACUUCAUAUCAGCUCGCUUCUCGCGUGGACAUUAUUACUGACCAUAUGCCCAAUCAAUGAAGUGAAGAAAAAGCUUGAGGUGCAUUUCCAUAAGCUUCCAAGUCUCCUUUCUUCUGAUGAUGUAAACAUGAGAAUAGCUGCUGGUGAAUCUUUGGCACUUCUGUUUGAAUUGGCCAGAGGAAUGGAGAGUGACUUUUAUUAUGAAGACAUGGAGUCUUUAACUCAGAUGCUUAGGACUUUGGCUACAGAUGGAAAUAAGCACCGGGCCAAGGUGGACAAGAGAAAGCAGCGGUCAGUGUUCAGAGACAUCCUGAGGGCGGUGGAGGAACGGGAUUUUCCAACAGAAACUGUUAAAUUUGGUCCUGAAAGGAUGUAUAUUGAUUGCUGGGUCAAAAAACAUACGUAUGAUACCUUUAAGGAGAUUCUCGGAUCAGGAAUGCAGUACCACUUGCAGGUAAGGAUUUCUGCCUGUUUACUUCUCCCCUCACCCCCCUUUUUUUCCCUAAAUCAGCAUCAUUGUUUACAUUAUAGUAACAUUAUAAUCUUUUUUCCUUACUUUAUAAGAAUAUCUAAAACUUCAUUGGCUCACACAUAUUUUCCUUUUUUUCCAUUUCAGCAUUUAUAUAAUUCUGCAGCCUUCAAAGCUCGAACAAAAGCUCGAAGCAAAUGUCGUGAUAAGAGAGCAGAUGUUGGAGAAUUCUUCUAGAUUUUUAGCAUUUGAAGACCACUUUCUAAUUUCCCUUUUUUUUUUUUUGUAAUUUUUAAUGUAUUUAAUCUCUAGAGACAGUUUUUAUCUUGGUCAACAGAUAGCUUUUGUAGUAGGUAUUAUAUUAUAAUUUAAUGUAUAUAAUAUUGCAGAUGGUAAGUCCUGAUUAUUGAAUAUUCUUUGUAUAUAUAAUCAAUAAACAGAAAUAAGUUGUAAUGUUUGGUCAUUUUCUAUUUAUGAAAAAAGCAAACAUAAGAUAUUUCACUUGAUUUCAUGAUGAGAAAAACUGUUAGCCAAAGUUAAAUUUCUUAUGCUGUGAUUGUCAGAAAUACUGAUUAUAAUGAUAUAGAUAAACAAAGUUUUUAACUUAAAGAUCUUACACAGAUGAGUUCAGGAUACAAUUUUGGGAGCUAGAUAUGGAAAAGCUGCUGUUAUUUUCAAUUUUAAGUGGAACCUAAUAAUUUUGUCACUAGGAUCAACAAAAGGAAUUACACCAUGCGACCAUACAGCUGCACUUACAGGCCAAUCAGUCCAUCUGUUGUUCAUGAUGAAUUAAUAUAAGCCAGAAAAGUUGCUAACCUUGACCACUGAGGGCAGUAACACUAAUUUUAUCUGCUGUGUAAGACCUUGUGCUCUUUAUUUUGAAAUAAAGAUCUUUUCACACUAA